AUGGGGAGCCACAGCCUCCUCGCCGCCCUCCUGGCCGCUGCCCUCGCCGCCCUCCUGCCGCUUCCCGCCGCCCCCUCGGCCCACCGCAAGCUCCUGGUAUUCUUGCUCGACGGCUUUCGCUUCGACUACAUCGAUGACAGCGAGCUGGAGGGUCUGCCGGGCUUUCGGGACAUUGUGAACAUGGGGGUGAAGGUGGAUUACAUGACCCCAGACUUCCCCAGCCUCUCCUACCCAAAUUACUACACGCUGAUGACGGGUCGCCACUGUGAGGUCCAUCAGAUGACUGGAAACUACAUGUGGGACCAGAAGGCAAAUGUAUCUUUUGAUAUUGGUGUGAAUAAAGAAAGCUUGAUGCCUCUCUGGUGGAAUGGAUCUGAGCCUUUGUGGGUCACAAUGACGAAAGCUAAAAAGAACGUUUCCAUGUACUAUUGGCCCGGUUGUGAGGUCGAAAUCCUUGGAGUCAGACCAAGUUACUGCCGCGAAUACUUCAGUGUCCCAACAGACAAAAACUUUGCGGAUGCCAUCAGUGAUGCCCUCGAGACCUUGUGCAACGGCAGCGCUGAGAUGGCCGCGGUGUACUACGAGCGCAUUGAUGUGGAAGGCCACCACUACGGCCCUUUGUCCCAGCAGCGGAAGAACGCUUUGAAGGAGGUGGACAAAGCCUUGAGCAACAUGAUCUCACUCAUCAAAAGCAAAGGCCUUCAGAAUGAAGUCAAUGUCCUCCUCUUCUCCAACCAUGGGAUGACAGACAUCUCCUGGGCAGACAAAGUGAUUGAGCUGAACAAAUAUAUCAAUAUGAGCGAUACUAUACAAAUGAAGGACCGAGGUCCUGUUGUGAGCCUCUGGCCAGCUCCAGAGAAGCAUGCAGAGAUAUAUCAAAAAUUGAAAGCCGUGGAACACAUGGAUGUUUAUAACAUACAGGAUAUUCCAAACAGGUUUUUCUACAAAAAAGGAAAAUUUGUGUCUCCACUAACCCUUGUGGCCGAGGAAGGAUGGUUCAUAGUAGAGAGCAGGGACAAGCUGCCCUUCUGGGAAAACGGGACGGGCAAGAAGGAGGCCUGGCAGAAUGGCUGGCAUGGCUACGACAAUGAGCUCAUGGACAUGAGAGGCUUCUUCCUUGCAUAUGGACCAGAUUUCCGAUCCAACUACCGAGCACCACCCAUCAGAUCCGUGGAUGUUUACAACAUCAUGUGCAGCCUGGCAGGAAUACAGCCACUGCCCAACAAUGGCUCCUGGUCCAGGGUGGAGUGCAUGCUCCGAAACACAGCCCCCUUGGCACCACUCCCCCCGUGCAGCAGCUGUGCCCUGGCACUAGCUGUGCUCUCCCUGUUCGCCAAGCAGAUCUCCUUACUGUGAUCCCUGAACAAUGUCAGUCAGUGUCACCAGCAA